AUGGUGCAGUCUCAUUCCAUUCCUAAGCCAAUCCGCGGUGCGACCGUCAGCUCCUACCAGCGCUUUAUCACGCUAGGAAUAUGGACUGCUUACAUGAUAAACUACGGGACGGUGAAGGUCUACACCACCAGCGCCCAAAAGGGCCGCAUCGAGGAAGCCCGCAUGAACAUGGCGCGCUUGAACGGCGUCGAUCCUCACAGCCCGCCCAUCGACUCCGAAAUUGCCGAGAUCCAGGAGAAGCUUGAAGCCGAGGGUGCGAGUGACGAUCAUCCGUGGUACGAAUGCUUCACAGGCCCUGGGAUGAUGUACCGCACGAUCCUGGGGAUGGUGCUCCAGGCUGGUCAGCAACUUACUGUGGGAGCGAACUACUUCAUCUACUACGGAACAACCAUCUUCGCAGCUACAGGCCUGGACAACUCCUACGUAACAUCCAUCAUCCUGGGCACCGUCAACGUCGCAGCUACCAUUUUCGGCCUUUGGAUCGUUGAAAAUAUGGGCGUAUGCCUCUUCAUCUACUACUUCAUCCUCACCGCACACGCCGGCAGCGUCAUGAUCGUGUUCACGUGUCUCCUCAUCGCCGCCUUCGCCACGACAUGGGGUCCCCUCGUCUACGACAUCAAACUGGCUGUUCAAUUCCUCAUCUCGUUCUUCUCGACUAUGACCACGGAUAACAUCGAUUACUUUUAUGGUUUGGUGUUUGGCGAAUGCUGCUUUGUGCUGUUCUUUAUUGUUUACUUCUUCAUGAUUGAGACUAAGGAUCGCUCGCUCGAGGAGAUUGAUACGAUGUAUGUCUUGCAUCUAGAUCCUAUUACUAGUAAGAAGUGGACCCCCGAGUCGCUGCAUAAGAAAGGAUUGGUUGACACGCGUCGGCUGCAUAUGGUGCCUGGUGGCCGGAGCUGGAGCAAGGCUGAGCAGGCGCAGAGUGGACGUGGAGGUGUCCUUGUGCCGGAGACGGAGAACACGGAGAGGAUAGUGUAAUUUUCCGAGUGAGGGGUACAUGCGCCAAAUGCGCGAUAACCCGAUAUACGCUACUUUUCCUCAGCAUCACAGCACAACAACAAUGACAGGUAUCGAGGAAGCGCUUGCGGAGUGUGAUUCUAUACCUUCUGGCGACAAGAUCUCGUGGCAGAACUUAGUAUUGUGUGUAGCUCUGCAGCUUCAAUUUUGUGUAGCCCGUUUUGGUAAUGCGCGUGCAUUGACUAACGGCGUGCAUUGAGUGCACGGACAUGGUAUUUGCACACUAACCGCUCAAGGACUCAAGGCGACUUUUCGCGGGCGUGGAUGUUCGAAUUGCAGGAAUGUGAGUC